GAGUGCAGUGAAAAUGUUUAGCGUUGAAGACGGCACAAGAUUUGAUUAAGAAACAAAUUACAAAACUUCUCGUAAAUGUGCAAAACCUUUACGCUUAAAUUUAAUUGAAGCCAGUCCCAAACUAAGUAAGCCAUUCGCGUGCAUUAUCCGUUGUGUAUCUUGGUCACUUGGCAUUGUGUUCUUCGCGCCGGCUGGACGCCAAAAAAUUACAAAUUUAUUUUCAAUUCACAGAAAAAAAAAGAAAAAAAAACUAGUGUUAAAUGUUUGCAGUGUUGCUGCUGGCCUGCAAUUAGCCAAAAGUGAAUGAAUUCCAAGGAAAAGUUAAAGGCAUGCAAGCAAUUUAAAUGCCGAUGCCAAUGCAUUUGUUUAUGUUUUUAGUGCUGGACACAUUUUCGUAAAAAGUGAAAACAGGCCAGCAAGGAACUGGUGUGUGGUGUACGUGAGCAAAACGCAGCAAGCAGAAAACAGACAUCGCUGCUGUGACACAGCCACAGCCAUUAGCCAUUAGCCAGCAGGAGGUGGGGCCCGACGUCGCUGUCGCCGUUGCCGUCGCUGUCGUCGUCGUCGUCGUCGUCGUCGUUGCUGCUGCUGCUGCUGCUGCUGCCUGUUUGCCAUUGUUUUUGUUUGGCAUAGAAAACACCACGCGGCGUGCCGCUUACCAAAAGGGCGGGAAUGCAAAAUUAAAAAAACAGUAAACGGUAAACGGUAUCGUGUACGUGUGUUUUUUUUUCGUAUUGCAUUUGCUUUGUUUUGCUAUUUCUUUCAUUUUUGCUGUUGUGAUUUUUGUGUUUGUGGUGUGUUUUUGAAUUCAGCUUCACAAUUGGGGGGCGGCGGCGGCAAUGUCGAAGCUGGGCGAGCACAAGCGUGUGUCCUUUACCACAAUCACCAGCAGCCAGCGCAGCAUUUUCCAUAGCCAUGAGGCGGGCUUUUCGCGCUUCGGCGUUGAUCUCCUCGAUUCGGAUGCCGGCGGCCAGUCGAACAAGAGCAGCCGAUCAGCGAAUAAAACUGUGCGAUUGCAGAUGGAUAUGUUCGAUACGGACACCUUCAGAUAUCCCGAGUUCAACUACUCAAAGCUCUUGCAUCUGGAGAAGAAAAAGGCUAAAAUGCUGAAGGCCAAAAAUGGAAGCAAUGAUCCGUUUGGCGAUAAUGAUGAUGAUGUGGCACGCAUUGCCAAGGAGCUGGAGGCCAAGUAUGGCAAUGCCUAUGCCCUGGGCCGUGGCAGGCGCAAAAAGAAUGAGUUCUGUGACAUUGGCAUGGGAUACGAUGAAACCGAUUCCUUCAUAGACAACACUGAAGCGUACGACGAAAUCCUGCCCGAAGAGGUGGAAACACUACAGGGUGGCUUUUAUAUCAAUUGCGGCGCAUUGGUGUUUAAGAACUUGAGGAAAAAAUCGAGCACAAGGCGUACCGAUGCCAUCAUCAAGAUGCCGGAGCGUUCGCGCAAGCGUGUCGUGUCCAGCAGCUCGGAUGAUUCGUCCGAUGAGUCAUCGUCGAACUCAUCCAGUGAAACGGAGCAGAAGGAAGCCGUUAAUAAUAAGGUUUACAAUAAUAACAAUAACAAUGAUAAUGAGGAUGAUGCUGCUGAUGAUGGUGAUGAUGAUGACGAUGAUGAGGACGAUGAUGACGACGAUGAUGAUGACGAUGAUGAUGAUGAUUCAGACAGCGAGAGCAUCGAUGAGUCAGAGAGUGAGAGCGAAAGUCUGGACGAUGCCGUUAGCGGCUCAUCCACGAAUCCCACGAAUUCCAACAACAACAAGUUCAAACAGAGCUCGCUGAAGCGUCCCAAAACCACCGGUGAGGCUGCCAAGCAAAGGAACAACAGUGUCAAUAGCAAAAAACCAAGCAACAAGCUGAAUGUGCCUACAUCCUCCUCCUCGAACUCGCCACGUCCCAAUGCCAUAGAUGUUUCGGACUCGGAGGAGCGGCAGGUUCAGGCUCAGGUUCAUGCUCAGGCUCAGGCAUUCAAGAAGGUGGUGAAGACAACGACAGUCAAGGAUAUGCUGAAGGCCAAAAGAGAUAGUUUCCUCAAGUCACAGGGCCAGCUGGUGAACGGCGAACUGAAGUGCAUCGCCUCGAUGAAUGUGGAAUCCAGCACCGAUAAUGGCGACACCGAUUCAGCCAGUGAACAAGGCAAAUCCGAGAAGCUCACCAAGGGCAGGGAAAGAGAGAACGACAAUCUACGCACUGCGGAUACCAUUUUACCUGCAACACUCGAUAAGGACAUACUUGGUAGCAUCAACAACUUCAAGGAGCUGGUCAGGAGCAGAGACUUGUGCGGCAAAAGGUUCCCGCUCGAUAGCAAACUGACGGUGCUUCUGCUCAAGAUUUAUGAGGCGCUGCUGUGCACGGAGCGCAACGAGCGAAACAUGGUGUUUGCUCAUCUAGAAUAUCAGCUGCAGCUGCCCAAGUACUUUAUAUUGCGCAAGGCGAAGGCCGUGCGUGCCCGCGAGGAAAAGAACAAGACGACCAUUGCUUUGGAGCGCCUGCGCAAGGCGGUCGCCGAGGUUAUGCCCAAGGCGAUAGCCAACUACGAGAUCGAGUUGCAUAAGUUUGCAGAGCUUGCUGCUGCGGAUGUCAACGCGGAGCAUCCGCCAAAGAUGCCGCGCAAAAAGUUCCAGUUUACCAAUGAGCUGCGCGAGCGACUUUACGAGGUCUACCAGGCACGCUGGACGUCCUAUGCUGUGCUGGGCCGACGCAAGGAUUCGCUCGAGCAGUUCAUCAAUGGCUAUCUAAAAGACAAAGUAUUGGAUUUGUGGGCCACCGGCUGGAUGCGCUACGAGGAUCUGCAGCGCGAGAUCGAACGGUAUAAGAGCGCUAGCAAAAAGCUGAAGGAGAAAGCAAAGAAGACAUCGGCAACAAGUAGCGGAAACACAGCAAUUGCAGCAAUCACAGCCACAACAACAACCACAACAGCAACUGCCAAUAAUUACCUGAAGCAACUCGAUGAGCUGACGCCCAUCGAACAGAGUCGAUCGCGUGCCAAUUCCGAUACGGAUUCUGCUACAAGUGCCUCAUCAAAUAGCGUCAUGCGUAAGCUUUCAUUGUCCGCAACGAGCACAGCCCCAAUACAACAGAACAAUCCGAAGCCGAGCGUUAAGCCGCCCAAAAUCAAUAUCCAAAAACAAUUGGCGGCCACGCUUGCACAGAUGUCGCAAGUGCCGCACGUGCCGUAUACACAAGGGGUCACGGAACCAAUGUCACUGCCCGCUGUCAAUAAUUAUCUGAAGCAAUUCAAUGACCUCAGUGUGACGGCUUUGCAGAGUCGCUCGUGUGCCAAUUCCGAUACAGAUUCCGUUGCAAGUGUCCCAGCGACGAGCCUCAAACGCAAACUGGAGAAACCAUCCAUCCAUCCAGCCGGCAUUGGCGUUCAGUCGAAGCCGAGCAGCAAGCCGGCCAAAAAGAAGAAAUCACUGCCAUCGCCAUCGCAACAGCCAGCACAGACGAUCCAGCUGGAUACGCUGAUGUCGCAGCCGUGCACUUCUGCGCAGGCAGUGGCAUUGAAUGCGGCAGCUGUAGCCGCAGCCGCAAGCAUGCUGGAACUGGCCUCACCCACCAAGACGACGGAUCCCAGCUUUCACACUAUGAUAACACCAACAACUGUUGUCACGGCUGCCACAGCUGCCAUCUCUCCGGCGGUGGUCUCCUGCAAGAAUUCGGCGUUUAGUCUGCCAAUUGGUGCAUUACAUUCCACAACGAACGUGCUAAGAGGCGGAGCAACGAGACCGGUGCCCCACAUUAUCAAUCUGGAUGAUUACAAGAGUCCCAGCGAUAUAUUGCAGACAUCUCAGCAGCUGGCUGCAAACAAAUGGCCCGUCCAUGCAACGCCGCCGACGCAAGCGACGCCGCCGGCACUGACCGUGCCCGAUUCUGUGAUGGAUUGUGAGAGCAGCAGUGAAUCCGAUGGCGUGGAGAUUGUGGGUGUCUUCCCAGCUGCCGUAACCAAACAGUCAACCAUCGUAAAGAGCAAAGCGACAUCGGUUAUCAGCAAAACGGGCACCGAGCCCAAUGGACUCAAUAAUGGGCUGGGCUUCCUCCUGGACAACAGGUACUGCUACAAAAAUAAUAAUGUAACCGUAACAAGCAAGCCGACUCCAAGCGUAAUUCGCUCGAUGACAUCACCAGUGACACCGUCUGCCGGUGUCCUUGGCUACGAUCUCAGUCGCAAUCCGCAGAUACUGAAUAAGUUAUCGGAAAUAUCUGCGUUGGAGAAGCAAAUGAAACUGUCACAAUGUUCGCUUUUUAAGGAUGCCAGUCCAAGUGCUGGUGCUGGAGUGGGAGCAGGAGAAGCCACCGGAGUCGGAGCGAGUGCCAGCGCGGGCACAACCACUCAUCAAUGACAUAC